AUGCAGACUGCGCGCGCAGUGGGCUCUGCAUUCAGUUUCCGCUGGAUUCGAAGUCGCAGCGGACUUGGCCGUGGCGCCGUGUUGCCUGAUAUCCCGCAGAGCCGCUUCCGCGGGCAAACAUGGCAGCAAGAACGGCAGCCGCGCGCCUCCUCUCUUCUGCACAGGCUGAGACAUGCCGGUUUUUCUCCCACGAGAUCAUUUUCCGUGAAUAAAAGAGAAUUAGGAAGAGUGCAGCAGCCGCCAGAAAGCUCAGCAGCAACGCAACUGCAGCAGCAGCACACGGGGGCGUUCUUCUCAGCGAGCCGAAGUGGCCCUUCGGUGUUCAGCAGCAGCGUCUCGAGACGGCUGCAGGGCUCUUUAGGAAUUGGAAAUGAUGCUGCUGGGUACACCGGGGCCUGGAGGUGCUUCCCGCGUGCUGCAGCGGCAAGCCAGUUCUCGCCUGCGCAGUUCUACUCGACGGGCUCUUCAGUUCCCGACUUCUACUCCAUUCUCGGCGUGAAAAGAAAUGCCACUCAAGACGAACUCAAGAAAGCAUACCGGCAGACGGCGCUCCGGUGGCAUCCAGACAGGAACCCGAACAACAGGGAAGAAGCUGGAAAGCGGUUUCGAGAUGCGAGCGAGGCUUACGAAACUUUGUCGGAUCCGGCGAAGAGGGCGCAAGUCCGCGGGCGGCGCGGCGUGCGAUUUCGUGCAGGAAGCGCGUCCUUCGGCAACCUGACGGCCGAGGAAGCUGAACUUUUGUUUCGCAAAGUCUUCGGAGGCAUUUCUUUGGAACAAAUUCUGCAGCAGGCGCUGAACCAGAAAGCAGCUUUCCGCUGGGGAAACGGACUGCCGUACCAGCGGCACGACGUGUUCGAGCACCGGAUGGGCGCGCGCCCCUCGACGAGUUUGCUGGACGAUCACGAAAUUUACGAACUUUUGCGGGGAUUUUCGGGCAACUCUCCCCCAGUCGGAAGCCCCGCGCUGCAUGCGCUGUCCUCAGGAAGAGAACCCGAAGCCGCCACGCAAGUCAGCUACUUCACACGCAACGGGCGAGUUGUCGAGAGGCGCACAACUACGAGGCGCUUCCCAGGAGGCGGCAUUCAAACUGAGACUACGGAGCGGGACUUGGGGCCCGACGCGAGCGCAGGCGCUGACACUCCGAGGUCCGCGAGGGGCCCGCAAAGGCCGAGGCAGCCCAACGGCUCUUUCGACGAGUGGAUGCACACGGGCUCUCAGAACAGGCCGUUCGACAGAAGAGAAACUCAACUCGCGAGUCCGCUUCAGCAGGUGCUCUUAGUUGCUCGGGAAUACGCAAAGCUCACUUGGAAGCUUAUAAAGCUUUCUGCACUACGCGCUAUCGCGCGGGCAGUUGUCCGGUUCGUUACAAAUAUACUGACGCGCCGCCGCUAG